AUGCGUCUCCCCCUAAUACAUUCGUUAGUCCUUUUGCCUAUCACUGCGGCAAGCUGGCUGGAUCAGGUCGCUCUGGGGCCUAUUGUUAACUCUACCAGCCCAGAAAUAGCUGCGCUUAAUUAUUUGAAGUGCCUGCAAGUGAACGGCGCUGACAAUAGCACCCAAGUCCUCAUUGAUGGUAGUAGCUCUCUAAUUGUCUAUUUCAACACGACCCAAGUCAACACAGCUGCUGUUACAGCGGUCACCGACUAUUGCUCCAUUCGUUACUUAGCACACGUACGAAAUGAGGUGGUAUUAGCUGACAGCAUUGCGGAGUACUACACACAGUGGUCAACUCUAGGCCGAGUAUUAACAGGAACUGAUCGCUUACCUAGCUUGGAAUUGUGGGACAAGAUAGCUGGCGGCGCAACAUACAUGAACGAAAACUCAGGAACCAUAAUGUGA